AUGCCUCGUCAACGGAGCAAGGGCUGCAUCCCCUGCAAGAUGCGCCGAAAGAAAUGCGAUGAGAGAACGCCAACCUGCGUCGCUUGUGCGCGUAAUGUCCUUCUCUGUGCCUGGGACUCCGAGUUACCGCCAAGCAAACCUCACAACUCGGGUGGCAAAGAGUUGAUGACCAAGAGCCAGCGGCUGCUACGACAUCAAUCAGCGCCGAAGAGCAUGAUAUCGGACAUGGCGUUGUCUAUGGCGCCAAACGCUAUACAUCCUCAACUCGCCCACCCGAAGACAAAUUUCCUCUACUCAUUUUUCUAUGCCCGAGCAGCACAAACACUGUCAAUAAAAGAUGAGGAAGGAAACCCCUUCGUGCAUGUCCUGAUGCCAAUGGCCGCUACUAGUGACAUCGUCUUUCAAGCCAUGCUUGCCUUCAGUGGAGUGAUCUAUGAGCAGCAGCAUUCCGAUGCCUUAGCCACAACCACGUGGGAACAUUACGCGCAAGCGAUUCGCAGCUUGAAGCAUAUGCUCACACUCUAUGUUGAUAACCAAGUUGACCGGGGAACUGAACUGGUCGCGACCGUUCUUCUACUGUUGUCCUUGGAGGUCAGUAAAGCAGACUCCGAUGGUCACGCUUUCCGUCAUCUCAGGGCAUGUCGAGAGUUAGUGUCAGGAACUUUUGCCCACUGCCAAAAUCCUCAAUUGUUGGGCUUCCUAGCAGAGUAUUACCUUUACACCCUGUCGCUCCUCCCCUCUAGCUUGAUUGAGCAUUCGGAUCCGAUUGAAGAGGAUAUCGACUUCGCAUUUCGGAUCUUACUGAACAACAGCGUCCCUGCAACCGGCGUGUUAUGUGGAUGUGCCCCGGAGAUGUUUCGUACCAUAUCGAAAGCCACGGUGGUGUCACGUCGUUUGUACGAUGAGCUCACUGAUGAAGCUGGCCCCUCGAAUGAAUGUCUUCAGGAACACCUCGAUCUUUACGACUACGUACAGACUUGGUGGCCAGAAUAUGCCGACGAGGAAAAUGCCAUGAUCGCGCACAUCUAUCAAAUAGCCCUCUUGGUCCUCCUUUUGCAGGCUGAGCCUGGAACUUCUGACAAUAUGGCAAUGAAUGAACUCGUGACAAAUCUCAUUAGUCUCCUUCGGAUGAUUCCGGUCGAGUCCAACACAACCACUGUUCUAGCUUGGCCACUUGCGACGGUAGCACCGUGUGUCAAGUCUAACACAGACCAGACGUUUAUCCUACAGUACUUAGGUGCCGUUGUACAAAAAUACCGAUUUGGCAAUCAUCGGCAGACCGAGCAACUACUUCGGCUAAUUUGGUCGCGCCGUGAUUUACAGGAACGGGGUCCAUAUUGCAUACCUCGCGCGAUGGAGGCACAGGGCUGUCGAUUCUUACUCUGUUAA